AUGCUACAGAUACUGCAAGAACAAGGCCAGUCGAGUCCCCGCAUCACCGUACCUACACGCAUGUUUACUGACUUCUCGCAGCCAUAUCCCAAGUCCCGUUUCAACCGUGGUGUACCUGAUCCCAAGAUCCGUAUCUUCGAUUUGGGCCGAAAGCGCGCCAAUGUCGACGAAUUCCCUCUCUGCGUUCACAUGGUCUCGAACGAGUACGAACAAUUGAGUUCUGAAGCCCUCGAAGCCGCCCGUAUCUGCGCCAACAAGUAUCUCGUCAAGAUUGCCGGCAAAGAAGGUUUCCAUCUCCGAGUCCGAGCCCACCCAUACCACGUCGUCCGUAUCAACAAGAUGUUAUCCUGCGCUGGUGCUGAUCGACUUCAAACUGGAAUGAGAGGUGCUUGGGGCAAGCCAAACGGCACCGUUGCUCGUGUCAACAUUGGUCAGAUCCUUCUGUCCGUCCGAACCCGAGAUGCUCACCGAGCUACUGCCAUUGAGGCUCUUCGUCGAUCCAUGUACAAAUUCCCUGGUCGCCAAAAGAUCAUUGUCAGCAAGAACUGGGGUUUCACACCAUUGCGACGAGAGGAGUAUGUCAAGUUGAAGCAGGAAGGCCGAGUUUUGAUCGACGGUGCAUAUGUUCAAUUCUUGAGAAACAAGGGCAACAUUGAGCAAAACAUGAAGCGAUUCCCCGGUGCUUACGAGGUUGCCAGUGAGGCAUAG